AUACACUUGUCAGUAAUUAGAUUUAGGUGCACACAAUAAAUUUUCUUUACCAACUAUGAAUUCUGGAAAAGUCAAAAAAGCUGUAAAAAAUGAAAAACCGAAUCUUUACCAACUGUAUAAAAUGCUGACCUGGCAAAAAAUCAUAAAGAGUAUUGCGUCACCACAUAGAAUUACAACGGAAGGGCAUUUACGUCAAUUCACGUCGCAACCACACACACAAAACACACACUGUCAGUCAGUCAGUUUCAUUUGAUUUCACCCAUUUACAUUUCUCUCUCUUCUUUCUCUCUCUCUCUCUCUUACAGCAAUCGGAAAAAAUGGCGUCGAGUUCUGUAGCAACAAUCCGCCGAUUGAAUCACAAUUCAAAUCCCUCCUCCUCCACCGCCACCGCCACCGCCCUUCUCGUUCCGAAAAUCGAACCUAAACUCGAACCAUUGGAUGAACCUUUUCCACCCCCACCCGGCUUCAAUUUCCCCACCACCUCCUCCACCGCCGCCGCCGCCGCCACCCCCAUCCCCACCACCCCCACCAUCCCCGAGGUGCGCUCCGACUACAACCGAUUAACAGAGCUUUUUUUCUCCUCGGGCCUCCCAAAUUUGGGAGACGUAGGAAUCCUACCCGAAUCCGACACGAAUCCACAGGCUAUAGUCACCGUCCCGGAGCCCGAAGAAGCCCAACACUCGAAUGGCAUCCUCGCACGGCACGUGCCUCGGAGGUACUACAACCGCUCGUCGGAGCUGGUCCGGGUCAUGGAUCUCCAACCCGAUGACCAGCGCUUUUUCCGCGACGAAGCCCGGAGAACCCGGAUGCUGUUCGACUCCCUGCGCGUGUACGCAGUCGCGGAGGACGAGAGGCGCAGGGGCACCCUCUCCCCGCACCGGCGGACGAGAGGUGACCUCAAGGCAUCCACCUUAAUGAGGGAGCGCGGCCUGUGGCUGAAUCGCGACAAAAGAGUCGUCGGAGAAAUCCCCGGCGUCUCGAUCGGAGACGUUUUCUUCUUCAGAAUUGAACUCUGCGUGCUCGGCCUCCACGGCCAGGCCCAGGCCGGAAUCGACUUUCUCCCUUCCACCCGGAGCUCCAACGGCGAUCCAGUCGCCACGAGCGUCAUCGUUUCCGGCGGCUACGAAGACGACGAGGAUUCAGGUGACGUCAUCAUAUACACAGGCCACGGCGGGCAGGACAGGCACAGCAGGCAAGUGGUGCACCAGAAACUGGAGCAGGGGAAUUUAGCAAUGGAGAGGAGUAUGCAUUACCAUGUUGAGGUACGAGUAAUUCGCGGGUUGAAGUACGAAGGUAGCAUCACUGGUAAAGUGUACGUCUACGACGGACUAUACCGAGUGACGGAGACUUGGUUCGAUGUCGGGAGAUCGGGGUUCGGUGUUUUCAAGUUCAAACUCGUUAGGAUAGGCAGUCAACCGGAAAUGGGAAGCACGACUAUGAAGUUUGCUCUGAGUUUAAAAACUCGCCCAUUGGAAGCUCGCCCUCGAGGCUAUGUCUCGCUCGAUAUAUCCCACAGGAGAGAGAAUUUGCCGGUGUUCCUUUUUAACGAUAUAGAUGAGGCCCACGACCCGAUUUACUAUGAAUAUUCGACAACAACCAUUUUCCCUCAGUAUCUAUUUAGCUCCGGUAGCAGUGGCAGUGGGUGUGACUGUAUAGGCGGGUGUAACGACGAUGAUUGCUUCUGCGCUAGGAAAAACGGGGGCGAGAUCGCUUAUGAUCUGAACGGGAUUCUUGUUAGGGGAAAACCGUUGGUUUUCGAAUGUGGGCCCCACUGCCGUUGCCCUCCGACUUGUCGAAACCGUGUGACUCAAAAGGGGAUCAAGAAUCGGUUCGAAGUGUUUAGGUCAAGGGAGACUGGCUGGGGGGUUAGGACGUUGGACUUGAUCCAGGCUGGUUCUUUCAUCUGCGAGUACACUGGAAUUGUGCUCACCCGUGAGCAAGCGGAGCUGGUUACGAUGAACGGCGAUAAUUUGGUUUACCCUAGUAGGUUUUCAGAGAACUGGAAAGAGUGGGGGGAUCUGUCAAAGGUGUCGGCGGAAUAUUCUUGCCCUACUUAUCCGUCGGUCCCGCCUUUGGAUUUCGCCAUGGAUGUUUCGAGGAUGAGGAAUCUGGCUUGCUAUAUGAGCCAUAGUUCGAACCCGAAUGUUUUUGUGCAGCUUGUUUUGUACGAUCAUAACAAUGUGUCUUUCCCUCACCUGAUGCUGUUUGCUAUGGAGACUAUUCCUCCGCUGAGGGAGAUCAGCGUUGAUUAUGGGGUGGCAGACGAGUUGACUGGGAAACUUGCGAUUUGCAACUGAUUCGGUUUCGUGGAAUUCGGCCUGGGGUUUGGACUCGCUCGGUGGCUUUCUUGGGGGGCGUCCUCGCAUAAGAGAUAUGAAAUUGCAGUCUAUGGAUACAACGAUGCAGCUAUCUACUCGGUUUCAGAUGAAUGUUUGUCUCUUUAUUGCGACAUAUGAUUUCAUCUGUUAUCGUGGCUUGCAAUUUUCUACAGAUAACAAAGGAAGUAAUAUUAUGGAGCUGAAUGGGAUUUUAAUUCUUGACUAAACGUGCGAAAUAGCUUUGACGAUUGAUUCCUGCUGUUGAUGGGAGAAAGGUUCAAGUAGAGAUAUAUAUUCCACGCAAAUUACUCUCUUGUACCAUUAGCCUUUGUACACGAAAACUCCGAUUAGAAAGGUAAACCAUUCUUGAUUUUUGCAGUUGUGUAAUUGUUUCUUGUUGUUGUAGUUGUUAUUAUGUAUGUAUCUCUUGUUGUGUAUUUAACCGAUGUUUCAGAAUCAGAAUAUUUAUCAAAUGGGGGAAAAAUAUCAAAUUAUGGGCGAAUUGGGACCAAUGAUAAAUAAUAUCCUACGAUUUGUACGAGCA